AUGGCAUCACCGGAUGGAGCCAGCGGCGUGGGUGGCAGCCCCGAGGAGACGGAGCUCAGCAUCACCCUGACCCUCCGCAUGCUCAUGCAUGGCAAGGAGAUCGGCAGCAUCAUCGGCAAGAAAGGAGAGACGGUUAAGAGGAUACGAGAGCAGAGCAGCGCGCGCAUCACCAUCUCAGAGGGGUCCUGCCCUGAGCGCAUCACCACCAUCACCGGCUCCACCGACGCCGUCUUCCGCGCCGUCUCCAUGAUCGCCUUCAAGCUGGAGGAGGACCUGGGAGCGGGGAGCGAUGGGGCAGCAGUGGGCAGAGCGCCGGUGACGCUGCGCCUCGUCAUCCCAGCCAGCCAGUGCGGCUCACUCAUCGGCAAGGCGGGAGCUAAGAUCCGGGAGAUUCGGGAGAGCACGGGGGCACAGGUGCAGGUGGCCGGUGACCUGCUGCCCAACUCCACCGAACGGGCCGUCACCGUCUCGGGGGUGCCAGACACCAUCAUCCAGUGCGUGAGGCAGAUCUGCGCCGUCAUCCUGGAGUCGCCUCCGAAGGGGGCCACCAUCCCCUACCACCCUGGCCUCUCCCUGGGCACCAUCCUGCUCUCUGCCAACCAGGGCUUCUCCAUGCAGGGCCAGUACAGUGGGGUCUCUCCCGCAGAGGUGACAAAGCUGCAGCAGCUGUCAGGGCACACUCUCCCCUUCGCCUCCCUGGGCCACGCACCCUCCAUGGUGCCAGGCCUGGACACCAGCUCCCAGAGCAGCUCCCAGGAGUUUCUGGUGCCCAAUGACCUCAUCGGCUGUGUCAUCGGCCGGCACGGCAGCAAGAUCAGCGAGAUCCGGCAGAUGUCGGGCGCCCACAUCAAGAUUGGGAACCAGACCGAGGGCUCCAGUGAGCGGCACGUGACCAUCACGGGGUCCCCUGUCAGCAUCGCCCUGGCUCAGUACCUCAUCACAGCCUGCUUAGAGACGGCCAAAUCUACCUCCCAGGUGCCGCCGGGCCCUGGCUCCAUGGACCUCGGCGUGGGCUUCUCCCAGCCUCUCACUCCGGGCUCCGGUGCGGCGCUGCCUGCCGUCGCCCCGGCCCCCCCAGCCCUGCUGGGCACCCCCUACACCAUCUCCCUCUCCAACUUCAUCGGUCUGAAGCCAGUGUCCUUCCUGGCACUGUCCCCAUCCUCCGUGGCGGGGCCCCACGCCAAUGGCACCAAGAAAGCCGACCGGCAGAAGUUCUCACCCUACUGA